CAGACAGAGAGGCACGAUGGCUGAAUUCAGAUGGAUUAAAAUGUUUUUAUUUCUUAUACUGGAGCUUCAGAUUACAGCACAGAUCACAACAAGACUCCCAGCUUUAUCUGUCUGUUAUUAACAUGAAUAAACAUGAAGACAGUGACUAUGUGACGCUGUCCUGCUCUGUGUGGACAUAUGAUUCAUGUAGACACAGAGUGAAGUGGCUGUAUGAGGGUCAUGAUGUGGAUGAAAACGUGACAAUAUCACAGGAUGACUGCUAUGGUGCAGUGAGAUUUCCUACUUCUCAUCUCAAGCUGAAGUCAACAUCUCAUGAGAUAUUUCAGUGUAAAGUGACAGAUGUUUACACUAACAAAGAACAUCUGUUUACCUUCAGCCCUCCGUCCUCAGCAGUAACUGGACAAACUUCCCUCGACAUCACUGUCAGAGAUGGAAAUGAAGUCACUUUGUCUUGUGAACAUGUGAUGACUGAUCAGGAUAAAUGUGACAGUACUACCUGGACCUUUACUGAUUUAAGAAACACAGAAACAGUAGAGCUGGUUGAACUUGGGCAGAUUGGUGAAGAAGCCAAAGCCAAAUCAGACAGACUGAGUGUUACAGCGAACUGUUCUCUGGUUAUAAAGAAGGUCACAGUUGAGGAUGCUGGUCUUUACACCUGCCUACAGUACAACAAAUCAGGACAACGACAAGGUCAAUACUCUGAUGUUGAUCUUUCUGUUGUUGACAUGACUGAACAUAAGAACACUGAUAAGGUGACGUUAAGCUGCUCUGUGUCGACAUAUGGAGAGUGUAGACAGACAGUGAAGUGGGUGUAUGAGGGUAAUUAUUGGGAUGUGAACACUCAGCACAUGAAGGAGUCUCUUUGCUUUGCCACUGUGACAUUUACAACUUCCCAUCUUGCUGAAACGUCAAAGUAUUCUGAGAUAUUCAAGUGUAACGUGACAGAUAUUUACACUCGAAAGGUGCAGCAGUUUGCCUUCAGCCCUCAGUCUUCAGGUGAGGACAAUAAAAGCGCUGAAACAACAAAAUCAACACCAACAGCCAAUGAUACUCCAACAAAACAACAAGGUGAGGACACUAAAAGAACUGCAACAAAAAAAUCAACACCAACAACCAAUGAUACUCCAACAAAACAAGUUUGGUUGAGGUUCAUCAUCGUGUCUGUGGGUUUAACUGCACUCAUAAUCUUUGUGUCAGUCAACAUAUGGACUAGAACUAAAGUGAACAAAUCACAGAUGGAUGACAAUGCUGUGCAUAAUGAUGAAGAUGAAGAUGAAGGUACAGUGGACUAUGAAAACGAUGGAGAACCUUCUGCUACUGUCAGACUCCACUGAUCAACAACUUUUUAUAUGAGAAGUUAAAGCCUUUGAUUGC